GCCCGCCUACUCCGGAGAGAUAUUGGUUGGAAGGUGAUUUCCGGUGACGCUUUUUCCGGCUGCUCUCUGCCCAGGCAUAUACGCCGCCGGGGUCGGUGAAGUUCUAAGAUGGCUGGACGAAAGCUUGCUCUGAAAACUAUUGAUUGGGUAGCAUUUGGGGAGGUCAUCCCUAAAAACCAGAAAGCCAUUGCUAAUGCUUUGAAAUCCCAAAAUGAAUUUCUUACUACCAGAUUGGCUGCCCUGCCUGAGAAGCCACAAGCGAUCAACUGGGCUUUCUACAAGGAAAAUGUUGCCAAGCCUGGUCUUGUGGAAGAUUUUGAGAAGAAGUUCAAUGAACUGAAGAUACCCAUACCAGAAGAUAAAUUCACUUCCCUCGUGGAUGCUGAAGAAAAGGAAGAU